AGAACUAAAUAGGCCCCAACUCGGAAUUGGAGCGCAGCCUGCCCAGUUAUUAUUUUAUCCCGUUCCCGUAUAAGCAAUUCUUGUUCCGCACAAGAACAGUAGUAGAAGAAAGGGAAACAAUGAUAAGCGGAUAAGCUUACGGUACAGGAAACAAUUGAAGCUUGGGCCGUGUAGCAGAGAAGGCGAUAAUGGAGAAGUACUUUUGAAAUGCAUACGGAGGAGAGCCAGGAGUGGGCAUGCGGACCCAGACCGCUUUAUCAACAUAUGGAUCGGGUCCGCCGCUCUCUCUGUCCUUACCUUUUUCAAUCCCUGCAUGUGUCAUCUCUGUAAUCAGUUCAAGUACUCUCUUUCUUAUCCCUAUUCCCAUUUCUAAUUCUAGGGUUUCUCUAGUGUUUUACAUUUGUUCGUUGCUUUAUUGUAGGAUUUGAAUUGUUAUGUGAGGAGGACUUUCAAUGUUUCAAUGUUACUUGAUGAUCAUCAACAUGGGUGCUGUUGACAUGACUGGGCAUUUUUAUUUGAGCAUUACCAUUGGAAGAAAGCAAUGAAGAAGAACCAGCCGUAUAAAUUUAAGUGGAGUGAGAUGGACAAAGACACUUGAGAUUCAUACUAUUUCGACUGGCGUUACUACUUCCCUGUUUCCCAUAACUCAAUAUUUCACAAUCUUGAUGAAUUUUUGUGAACAAAUGGGACCUGCGGAAAAUACAAGCUUAUGCCUUCCUUGCCAUCUUUGUUAGUUCUGCUUUGCACUGGUGGUUCAAACACCUUAAUUAUUAGCUGAAAUUUUCUUGCUAAAGUUCCUUGUGUUAACAAUGGAUGUUAAGUGGAAGUUCUGUAAUAACCAAUGAAUGAUAUAUAUGUCUGUGUGUGUGUGUGUGGUUUAAAUGAAGCGAAAUGGUUUACAAAGGUGGGAGGUUAGUCUGAGCGUUAUUUGAAUCAAAGUAGUCUGGUGCAGUGUUUUUGAAUGAGAAAAUGAAAAAUAGCAGAAUGAGAAUCAUCCAUCCAAAAGGCCAAAAAUGGAUUACCACUUUCCAGGUUGUCCCAGCAUUCUUACACGAGAUUUCCACUGAGAAGAGAGUUCUUCGGAUUUCCAAACACUUCGGAUUUCCAAGUUCAGAGCUUUGUUACUCUCUAUUCUUUCUAUUUUCCAGUAAUGAAAAAUGAACAGGCGAUUCGCUUUUUGACUCUCUUUCAUUUGCUCUCUGAUUCCAUAAUUCCUUAUAAAAAUUCAAUGAACACUUCGUUUUAGCCGAGCUCUUGUAUUCAUCAUCGUUCAUUACUAUGUACCCUCAUGGCCAUUAAUGCAAGUGUUGAACACGCGCCUCUAAAUUGCCUGGAGCUGUAUGUUGAUAGUGCAUUAAUAAUCCGGUCCAGGAAGAAGGAAUUCAAUUUCGGUUGUACGGUUCCAGAAAAGGAAAGCAUGGCGUUUCUCCAUCUCCCUUCUUCUCUUGCACUUAGAACCACCACGCGUCCUGGAUUCACACUGCCCAUUAAAGCCUCGUCUCUUCACUUCCGGCCAAACUCUCCAACCCAAAAUUUAACCAAAAUCAGCAACUGGGUUGUCAAUGUUCGAUCCAAAUCUUUGAAUUUGCUGCUUUCUGGUGCUCUUGCACUUGGUUUCUCUCUCUCAGGAGUUGAAUUUGCGGAGGCAAAAGUUGGGGUUAACAAGCCGGAAUUGCUUCCUAAAGAGUUUACUACUGUUAUAGAUGUGGCUGGGUUUCUCUCUGAUGGCCAGGAGAAGAGACUUGUGCAGGAGAUUACAAACAUUGAGAAGGAUACUGGAUUCAAAUUAAGAGUUUUAGCUCAAAAUUAUCCUCAAACACCAGGGUUGGCAAUUAGAGAUUUUUGGCAAGUGGAUGAUAGAACCAUUAUCUUUGUUGCAGACCCCACUUUUGGAAAUAUAUUAAACUUCAAUGUUGGGGCUUCUGUUGAUCUAGACGUUCCACGUAGCUUCUGGAGUCGUUUGGCUGGGAAAUAUGGGAACAUGUUUUAUUGGAAAGAGAAGGGGGAGGAUGCAUCUAUUGAAGCUGCUGUGAUGGCAAUAUCCAGUUGCCUAAGAGAACCUGUAGGCCCUAAUAACUGCUCUGAGGUAAAAUAACAAUGGGUCUAACUUGCAAUAUUCCUUUGUUCAUACCAUGUAAUAAUUUUUUCUAUUGUAUAAUGCUCUCAAGGGUUGUUUAUCUGAGAUGGCAUUUUAUGUAAACAACAAGCACAAAGCGGUAAACAGCUGUGGAUAUUUGUGGAAGUAAAUGAAAAUUAACACAA